AUGGCUUUGCGCUCUCCAUUCCGCCUGGCGCGUCACGCUUCCCUCUGGACAACCCGGUCCUUUGCCACGCAGCAACCCGCACCCUUCCCUACAGUUCAGUCAUGUCCUUCGCCAACAUGCGGGUGUGCAGCAACCCCAACCAUGCCAGAGGGUAUGGAAAUUGAUCACAAGAGUAAUUUGAAUGGUGUGAUUUCCGGAUACGCUGAACAAGUGCUCGUUUGCACGGGCCGAGAUGACUGGACGUCAAGGAUAGAGGAUGAGAGUAAUGGGGAUAAUCUGGCCGCUGAUUUGAAGGAACAGCCCUUUCACAACAUAUCGGUCCUCAACUCGUCAUUCCCAUCAUCUAUACCGCCUCGUUCUGAGCUUCAUUCCGCAUCAGCCUACCUCCUCCCUUCAUUCAAAUACGUCCCCUUCCUACCGCGCAUCUCAUUCGACAGCGUACAGGCCCUAGCAAAGGGAUUCCUGCUUCCUGAGAAACUGCACUCCGCGCACGACGGCCUCUCGCCCGUUCACCGUGACAGACUAACGCGGAAGGAAGCGUACCAGGGUUUAUUACCGGGCGUUCAGGACGUCAAGGAUGUGCUUGUUUUGAUUUGCGGCCACGGAGGGCGGGACGCAAGGUGCGGCAUCAUGGGACCUGUCUUGAGGGAUGAGUUUGAGGAGAAGCUUGCACGGAGGGACUACAAUGUCGUUCAGGCGCCGGUGGAGGUUAAUAUCACACGUGAUGAUUCGCAACGGAUAGAAGGGGAUGUUUCCGGGAAGAAGAUCGCUAGGGUUGGUUUGAUAAGUCAUAUUGGGGGUCACAAGUUUGCGGGAAACGUGAUUGUGUAUAUUCCGCCGGGGCAUGAGGUGCCUGGGGGAGGGGAGCAUCCGCUUGCGGGGUGUGGAAUUUGGUAUGGAAGGGUUGAACCGAAGCAUGUCGAGGGUUUGGUGGAGGAGACGGUUUUGAGGGGGAGAGUCGUGGAGGAUAUGUUUCGGGGGGGGAUUGAUGCCAGUAGGAGGAUAUUGCGGAUAUGA